AUGCCUCUGUCGACGCUCCAUCCGGGUGUUCGUGCAGCGAGCGCAGCACGCACGGCAAGUCCACUGCCACAGCACGUGCAGCCACAAGCAGUGGUGAGCAACCUGGGUGAGGGCGGCGGUGCCACCCCCGCCGCUGUCGGUGCGCCCAAGCACUGCUACCGCUCCUUCAAGGAUGCGAUGGAGGUGGUGAAGAAGAUGACGGGGCGGCGGCCGAACAAGUGCCCAGACGCCUUCGAGACGACGAAGCGCUAUCUUGACCGGCUUGGCUUUGCCCCAAUACUGGAGCGGAUUCGCUUUGUCCACGUUGCCGGCACGAAGGGCAAAGGGACCACCUCUGCGUACAUUGCGGCUCUUUUGCAGGCGUACGGCUUCAAGGUGGGCCUCUUCACCUCCCCUCAUCUCACAGACUUGCGAGAGCGGACGGUGGUAGACGGUCGGCUACUGGACGAGAGUACAUAUGCGCAGCACUUCUUCGAGUUCCUGGACAAGUACGAGGGCCUGCAGUACUCGGACAGCCAGCUGGACCGUGACAUCUCCUCGCCGUCGCAAGCAAACUUCUUUCGCUUUAUCUUUCUCCUCUCGCUGUACAUUUUCGAGCAGGAGGGCGUAGAAGUGGCGGUGAUGGAGGCAGGCAUCGGCGGCCGAAUCGACUCUACCAACACAAUUCCGUCUGAGGUGAGCAUCAUAACGUCCCUAGGCUACGACCACAUGGAGAUUUUGGGCAAUACAAUUCAGGAGAUCGCUGCGGAGAAGUCUGGAAUAAUGAAGCCGGGCGUGGUCUGCUUUGCGGCACCACAGCGGGAUCAUCCAGAGACGCGCGCAGUACUGGAGAAGCAUGCUCGAGAAGUCGGCACGCCGCUCGUGCUGCUGGACCAAAAUGUGCUGCCGAUUCAAAGCUGGCCGAAGCUCGCCAUCGGCGGCGUACACGCUGUAGAGAACAGCAAGCUGGCACUGAUGGCGGCUAGGCGUGUUGCAAGUAUUCCACCCAUCCUUCCACUGGACGAGGUGGAGAAGAGUGUGCUUCAGGGCAUGACCUACGCCGGACGGUCACAGAUCGCGGCGGUCGACAGUGGUGCCAACAUCACCUUCUACCUGGACGGUGCGCACACCGUUGAAAGCAUCUCCAGUGCUACACAGUGGUUCCUGGACGUCAGCGCCGCCAACACCCGGGACCCUUCUCCGCGUCGCGUGCUCAUGCUCUACACUUCUCGCGACCCGAAGAGUAUUCUCAAAGCUUUCAUGCCUUACGUGUCCUAUUUCUGCAAGGUGGUCAUUGCCCAAGUGUCGAACCCGCGCAUGACGUCGCACUCGGCUGACCCCACUGAUAUAGAGGGAAAGAUGAGCGAGCUGAGGGAGAGGAUGGUGGCCACGACUGAGUGCUGGCGUAGCAUGUACCGUGAGGUGACUUGCCUUCCUUGCGCCCGUCCCUUCUCCGCUCUCGAGGACAUCCUUGAACUCGUUGUGCCGGCCGCCAGCGACAACGAGGAUGCCUCAAAGCCAGCACAGGUGUUCGUGUGCGGCUCCUUCUUUCUGGUUGGUGAUGUUGUGCAACUGCUCAAGGUGUACGAGGCAGGUCGUCGCCGCCUCGAGUAG